GAUGUGCCUGCUCUCCCCUCUCUGCUGGCAGAGGCACAGGCUCCCUAGAAGAUGGGUGACUGGGAUUUCCUGGAGAAACUGCUGGACCAAGUCCAGGAGCACUCGACUGUGAUCGGGAAGAUCUGGCUCACCGUGCUCUUCAUCUUCCGCAUCCUCAUCCUGGGCCUGGCCGGGGAGUCCGUGUGGGGGGACGAGCAGUCGGAUUUCGUGUGUAACACCAAGCAGCCGGGCUGCACCAACGUCUGCUAUGACAAAGCCUUCCCCAUCUCCCACAUCCGCUACUGGGUGCUCCAGUUCCUCUUCGUCAGCACCCCGACCCUGAUUUACCUGGGCCACGUUAUCUAUCUGUCCCGGAGGGAGGAGAAGCUGAAGCAGCAGCAGAGUGAGCUUCGGGCUGUCCACAGCAAGGACCCGAAGAUCGAGCAGGCCCUGGCAGCCGUGGAGAAGAAGAUGUCCAAGAUCUACGUGACAGAGGACGGGCGGCUCAAGAUCCGAGGGGCGCUGAUGUGGACCUACAUCAUCAGUGUGAUCUGCAAGAGCAUCUUCGAGGCUGGUUUCCUCGUCGGCCAGUGGUACCUGUACGGCUUCUCCAUGGUGCCCCGCUACGUGUGCAAGAGGGACCCCUGCCCCCACCAGGUGGAUUGCUUCAUCUCCCGCCCCACCGAGAAGAGCAUCUUCAUCAUCUUCAUGCUGGUGAUGGGCCUGAUCUCCUUAAUCCUGAACCUCCUGGAGCUCUUCCACCUCUGCUGCAAGAACCUGCUCAGCAACAUCAAGAAGGUGUCGGGGCCGGUCGUACCGAGCCGGGAGGUCUUUGCCCAGGACAUGGUGUCAGAUCCCUACGCACCCAAGCACUACCCGUUCCUGCCCAUGGCCGAGAGCCACGUGCCCUCCUACCAGACCUACAACAAGCUCUCCAGCGAGCAGAACUGGGCCAACUUCCACAACGAGGAGAGCCUGGCGCUGGGCAGCGGCAGCAGGCCCCUGUCGGACCCCUACGCCCCCCGGGCUGCUGAAGCCUCUGCCCCGGAGGAGAAGCCGUGCAGCCGGCCCGGGAGCUCGGCCUCCAAAAAGCAGUAUGUGUAGUGCCAGGCUGGCCCUGGCUGGCAGGGGGACCUUCCCCUGUCCCACCUGCCUGCAGAGGUGCUGCCUGUGGGCAGGCAGCUGCCUCCUGCCUGGUGCUGUGCCUUAGGGACACACUCCCCUCCAGAGGAGGGAUGCUCGGGAGCUGGGCUGAGCGCAGCCUCUGCUCUCUUCUGUUUUCCCCAAUGACCCCACAAGGAAGGAAACUGCAGAAAGUUCCCCGGGACACCGUGUCCCGUGUGCCUCACUCUGGGAAAGGGAGAAAUCCCUGGAGCCACCCUGUGGAACAGGCUGUCCCUGGGGCUGUAGCAGAAGGCUGCUGGCCAUCGGGAGCUGCGGCUCGGCCGGACCC